AUGACUGAAGCUUGGAAAAGCACAAUUUUAUACCGCCUUAAACAAAGAAAUAUCAGUCAAAGUGAGAACUAUCAAGAUGUUUUAGCUUCAUAUAAUUCCUUAGUUGAUGAAAAAAAUAAAUUAUUAGCUAUUAUUGCUUCAUUUACGUCUGAAAAUAUUUACUUACUAAAUAACAGUAAGUUCAGUUUGUCAUUUGAAAGUAAAAUAUUAAUGGAAAAUAAUUUAAAAAAAAAUGAUGAUCCAUUAACUGACGAAUGUACGAAGAAAAAGGAUAAUGAUUACCAUAAUCCUUUGAACAAUUUGAAAAUUAAUAUAUUAGGUACCCCCGCUUUUGACAUAAGUCAAAAUGAUUGCCAGAAUUUAAUUUCAAAGAAAGAAUUCUUAGAAGUUAUUAAACAGAAAGGGAAAAAUGAUGAACUCAUUCUUCUUUUAAAAAACAGCUUAAAUGAAAAGGAAAAACUGCUAAAUAUUACAAAUAAAGAAAAUAAAACACUGCAUAAUGGUAUUAUUAAAAGAGAAGAGGAACUUUUUGAAAAAAAAAAAGAACUUUUUAAAUUAGAAGAAAGUCUAAAUAAAAAAAAACAAGUAAUAAAACUAUAUGAAAAUAAUAAUAAAUUGCUCCAGAGUAAAAUAGACUUAAAGGACAGGAGAAAUGCUAAACUGAUGCGAGAAUAUGACAAUAUAAGACUUGCAUAUUUUAAACUACUAAAGCAGGUAUAUGAAAUGAAAAAUUACAAAAUAAAAAUGGAUAAGGAAUAUUUUGCUUUAAGAAAUGUACUGUUUAAAAAAAAAGUAGAAAAUGAAAAUCUCCUUAAAUAUUUGUUAACAUGCAAAAAAUCGUAUAAACGUCAAUUAAAAAAAAUUGAAUAUAGCAUGAACAAAAGAAUGAGGAAAAAAGUUGGAAACAAUGUGCAUAGAACAAAAAAAGAAUAUAAAUCGAAACAUAUUUUUUUUAAAAAACAAAAAUUCCGUGUAUAUUUAUACUUAGAUAAAUUACAUUACGUGCAUAAUACAAAACAACCAUUAGCAGAAAAAGAAGAAAUUGAUUAUACCGAUGAUCCAUUAACAUAUACAAAUAAUGAUAAUAUGAAGACAUAUUCGAGAGACAAAUAUAGUACUGAAGAGGAGCUGGAUGGUAAAAAUUAUCACGACCCACGUAACAACAAAAGGAUUAGUUACUCUUCUAAAUUAUUAAGUAACAGCGUGUUAAAAAUUAAAGAACACAUGAAAAAUCGCAAUAACCCUUAUGAAGAAAACAGUUUGAAAAGUAAAGUUAUUGAAGCAUACCCCACUUCCACAUAUUCAAGAAAUAUCAAACGCAAUGAAGGUUUUUUUAAAAUAAAAAAAUUUCUAAAUGUACAUACGAGUAGCAGUAUACUAUGUUUUUGCACCACUCCGAAAACAGAUAUAAGAGAUUCUUUAGAAUAUUUAACCAACUCCAAAAACAGAGUAGAAACAAAGAUGAGAAUGUUGAACUUGAAUGGUGAUAGUAAAUUUUAUAAUUUACGGAUGUCCAAUGAUGUGAAUGGAAUUAUUACUACAGACAGUGAAAAUAACGACAACAAGAAUAACAGCAGGAAUAGAAAUAAUGCCAGAAACAGUGAUAGCUACAUUGACAGCAAUAGUGACUGCGGCAUUAACAGGAAUAGUAAUAGUAAUACGCAGAUGAUAAGGCAAUGUUUUGUGCAAAAUGAAGUACUUAUAAAAAAUUGCGAUCAAGAGGAACCGUAUCAUAAUAUGGUUGUUACUUGUGGAGAAGACGGGAAAAUUGCUUUUAUAUAUGUAAAAGAAAAUAAAUUAAAAUGUGUUAAAUGUUUUUAUAUAUUGAACAGCAAAAUACCAGCAUAUAAUAUAUGUAUACAUCCCUCACGAUUAUAUUCUGUAGCAGCUAUGGCAAAUAAUAAUAUAUGUUUAAUAAAUAAUGUAAAAAGUAAAGUAGAACAUUCAUAUUAUGGCCAUAAAGAGAAAAUAACAUCAGUUAAUUUUUUAAAUGAUUUCAUUUAUACGGAUGAAAAGUCUUUACAUAAUUACCUAACUGAUUAUUCUCUUUUUUACUCAACUAGUGUAGACGGAACAAUUAAAUUUUGGAACAUGAAAAAAAAUUGUUGUUACAAUACUAUUCAUGUAAAUAAUUUAAUUACUUGUUCAGCUAUAUCGAAUUACGGAUCGCAUGUACUAAUUGGUACGCAUAGUGGUUCUGUUAUUUGUUAUGAUAUAAGGGUACAUAAUAAAAGUCUAUGUAAUUCUAUAUUAUACGAUAAAAAACUAUUUAAUGAAAAAAUAUAUGGAUUAAAUUAUUCUCCAGAUGAUCAGUUAAUAGCUAUACAGUCUGUUAGUGGAAAACUGAAAUUACUGAACGCAAAUAAAAUUAAUUUUUUACAGUCUUUUGAAAAUCCAAAAAAUGACCUUACAUAUCAAACACCCAAAUCUUAUCCAAUUUUUUCGUUGGAUGGAAAAAAAUUAAUAUGCUCAUAUCCUUAUAAUAUAGUAUCGUAUGAUAUCUUAACCCAUUCUUAUUUCAAUAUUAUAAAUAACCAACUUGGAGAAAUAAAUGGAACUAAUUGCAUUUUAAAUGACAAAUUAUUAACAAUUCAUUCGGAUGGGAAUAUAGCUAUUUGGUAA